CCUUGUCGUCGCGGCUACUCACCAGACCAGAGAGCACAGAAAGAGGCAGGAGACCAGGGCCAAGGCCCGCCGGUGCUUCUUCAUCUUCUCCUCCUUCUUCCCCCUGCCAGAAGGCGGCACAUCCUCCCGGCAGCCGCCACUGCCGAGGCCAAGAUGGAGGAGCCGGAGCAGGAGCGCGAGGAUGUGACCGAUAGUCCUAAGGGCUAUGGCGCUGGCUGAGCGGCUCCUCAGUGGCUCGCGUCCUGGCAGCCCUCUCUGAGGGCCCCACAGAGGCGCGGACAGGGGCGCUUCACAGGACUCCGGGGACCGCCGCUGCUGCGGCCACCGGCUCGUCCACGCCCGCCUCCUGCAGCCGCCACUGCCGCCCCAUAUCCUCCCCGCCCGCCGCCGCCGGGGGCCUUGCUCCGUGAGGCCAGCGACCAACGGCCGCCGCGUACUCGCCUCUCAACAGCCAAUCGCCGGCGGGGCCGCGACACCUCACACACCGCUGAGCUGGAAAGGGACGCGUCACCCAAGUCCCGCGGCACCCGCACCCCCACCAGCCUCUGCGCAGGCCACGCCCCCUUCGACGUCGCAGGCGGAGAAGCCGGAGGCAGGAGACCACAAAGCGCAGGAGCAGAUGCUCUCGCCGCUCCGCCCGCCCCAGCGAUUGGCCAGAGCAGUGCAGCCUCCUUCCCAUCACUUCCCUCUCUCUGAACAUGGUCUCUGUGAACUGGGAUUUUGGAAGUGGACCUGCAAGAUUGAUUACUGGUUUCCAGGAGAGGAGACCGGAGGUCCUCCGAGCAGCCAGGAGGGGGCAGCAGUCACGUCGCGAUGGUUCCAGCCGGGGAAGGGUGCCCUCGCUGAGGAGAUUGCGGCGGACCCGGAAGUGCUUGGCCACAGUCGCAGCCCCGGCGCCCCGGAGCGGGAAAAAGGCUGGGUGCCGCCGUCCCUCAGCUGCGCAACCCUAGGAACUCUCGGGAACUUGGCUGUGUUGUCCUGCCUCAGAGACAAAUUCAUCUAUUGUAGGCCUAGCCUGGGUUGCUGCCUUUGAAAACAAGGAAAGGUUGGUAGAACAUCAACACAGCAUGGAAUUUCCAGGGAGGUCUCAUUUCAAAACUUCAUAAAGAACAAGAACCACCUGGACUUCUGUGAGGGCGAUGAUUAAACUGGCCUGAGUUUGAAUGAAAGGAUAAUGUGUGCUCAACCUGUAACUAACACCAAGGAGGUCAAGUGGCAGAAGGUCUUGUAUGAGCGACAGCCCUUUCCUGAUAACUAUGUGGACCGGCGAUUCCUGGAAGAGCUCCGGAAAAACAUCCAUGCUCGGAAAUACCAAUAUUGGGCUGUGGUAUUUGAGUCCAGUGUGGUGAUCCAGCAGCUGUGCAGUGUUUGUGUUUUUGUGGUUAUCUGGUGGUAUAUGGAUGAGGGUCUUCUGGCCCCCCAUUGGCUUUUAGGGACUGGCCUGGCUUCUUCACUGAUUGGGUAUGUUUUGUUUGAUCUCAUUGAUGGAGGUGAAGGGCGGAAGAAGAGUGGGCAGACCCGGUGGGCUGACCUGAAGAGUGCCCUAGUCUUCAUUACUUUCACUUAUGGGUUUUCACCAGUGCUGAAGACCCUUACAGAGUCUGUCAGCACUGACACCAUCUAUGCCAUGUCAGUCUUCAUGCUGUUAGGCCAUCUCAUCUUUUUUGACUAUGGUGCCAAUGCUGCCAUUGUAUCCAGCACACUAUCCUUGAACAUGGCCAUCUUUGCUUCUGUAUGCUUGGCAUCACGUCUUCCCCGGUCCCUGCAUGCCUUCAUCAUGGUGACGUUUGCCAUUCAGAUUUUUGCCCUGUGGCCCAUGUUGCAGAAGAAACUAAAGGCAUGUACUCCUCGGAGCUAUGUGGGGGUCACACUGCUUUUUGCGUUUUCAGCCUUGGGAGGCCUACUGUCCAUUAGUGCUGUGGGAGCCAUACUCUUUGCCCUUCUGCUGAUGUCUAUCUCAUGUCUGUGUCCAUUCUACCUCAUUCGCUUGCAGCUUUUUAAAGAAAACAUUCAUGGGCCUUGGGAUGAAGCUGAAAUCAAGGAAGACUUGUCCAGGUUCCUCAGUUAAAUUAGGACAUCCAUUACGUUAUUAAGGCAAGCUGAUAGAUUAGCCUCCUAACUAGUAUAGAACUUAAAGACAGAGUUCCAUUCUGGAAGCAGCAUGUCAUUGUGGUAAGAGAACAGAGAUCAAAACAAGAAAAAAAUGAACCAAAGGCUUGGGUGGUGAGGGUGCUUAUCCUUUCUGUUAUUGUGUAGAUGAAAAAACUUUCUGGGGACCUCUUGAAUUACAUGCUGUAACAUAUGAAGUGAUGUGGUUUCUAUUAAAAAAAUAACACAUUCA